GUCCUGCUCUGAACAGGGCCCCCCUACGCCCGCUCUGCGGCUGCUCCCGCUGCCGGGUGGCGCCGGCGCGAUGUCGGGCUUCAGCCCGGAGCUCAUCGAUUACCUGGAGGGGAAGAUUUCCUUCGAAGAGUUCGAGCGGCGGCGAGAGGAGCGGAAGAGCCGGGAGAAGGAUGGCGAAAAUGCGUCUGCUGAGGAAAACACUGAAGAUGUAGAGGGUCCAUCUUCAUCCAAAAAAGCAUCCGGGAAAUCCCAAAAUCAAGAUGAAACUGAUGGAGAAACUUCAGAUGGUGUCAGUAAAUCUGUUCAUCGGGUCUUUGCAUCCAUGCUCGGGGAAAAUGAAGAGGAGGAGGAUGAAGAGGAAGAGGAAGAAGAAGAAGAGGAAGAAGAAACUACAGAGCAACCCACAGCUGGAGAUGUUUUUGUGUUGGAGAUGGUACUUAAUCGAGAGACCAAGAAAAUGAUGAAAGAGAAGAGACCUCGCAGCAAACUUCCUCGUGCCUUGAGGGGCCUGAUGGGAGAGGCCAAUAUCAGGUUUGCUCGAGGAGAGCGGGAGGAGGCCAUCCUGAUGUGCAUGGAAAUCAUUCGACAAGCUCCUCUUGCUCAUGAGCCCUUUUCCACUCUUGCCAUGAUCUAUGAAGACCAGGGUGAUAUGGAGAAGUCAUUACAGUUCGAACUGAUUGCAGCUCACUUAAACCCUAGUGACACUGAGGAAUGGGUUAGACUAGCAGAAAUGUCACUGGAGCAGGACAAUAUUAAACAGGCUGUUUUUUGCUACACAAAAGCUCUGAAAUACGAUGCGUCCAAUGUGCGUUACCUGUGGGAGAGGUCAAGCCUGUAUGAACAGCUGGGGGAGCACAAGAUGGCUAUGGAUGGCUACAGGCGUAUUUUGAAUCUCCUGUCUCCCUCUGAUGGAGAGCGCUUUAUGCAGUUGGCUAGAGACAUGGCAAAGAGUUAUUAUGAAGCAAAUGAUGUGACCUCUGCUAUUGAGAUAAUAGAAGAAGCCUUCACUAAACACCAGAGCCUUGUCUCCAUGGAAGAUGUCAAUAUCGCAGCUGAACUAUAUAUUUCUUCCAAACAGUAUGACAAAGCAUUGGCGGUUAUUACAGAUUUUACAGGAAUUGUACUUGAAAAGAAAGCACCAGAAAAAAGUGCAUCCGAGGAGAAAAAAGAUACAGGGGAAGUGGAUGAAACUCAGGAAAGCCAGGAGGCAGUGGCUGAGGACCAAAGUCAUGCAGUUGCUGAAUCCAGUGCUGCAGCUGUGGAGAAGGUCAGCUGCAGCAUACCUGAGGGCGUUCCCAUAGACAUCACGGUCAAGCUGAUGGUGUGCUUGGUUCACUUGAACAUCCUAGAGCCGCUCAGCCCUCUUUUGACCACUCUGGUGGAACAAAAUCCAGAAGAAAUGGGUGACUUGUAUCUGGACGUUGCGGAGGCGUUUCUGGACGUUGGAGAAUACAACUCAGCACUGCCUCUCCUGAGCUCCCUUGUCUGCUCAGAACGAUACAACCUGGCUGUUGUCUGGCUGCGGCACGCGGAGUGCUUGAAGGCUUUGGGACACAUGGAGCGUGCUGCAGAGAGCUAUGCCAAAGUUGUUGAUCUUGCUCCAUUGCAUCUGGAUGCAAGAAUCUCACUUUCAACACUUCAACAGCAGCUGGGCCGACCCGAGAAAGCUCUGGAGGCUCUGGAACCCAUGUAUGAUCCAGAUACACUGGCUCAGGAUGCUAAUGCUGCCCAGCAGGAGUUAAAGCUGCUCCUCCAUCGUUCGACGCUGUUGUAUUCCCAAGGCAAAAUGUAUGGCUACAUAGACACGUUACUUACCAUGCUGGCGAUGCUGCUGAAGGUAGCAAUGAGCAGAGCUCAGGUGUGUUUGAUCUCUAGUUCCAAAUCUGGAGAGAGACACCUCUAUCUUAUUAAGGUGUCAAGGGAUAAAAUUUCUGACAAUGACGACCAAGAGACAGCAAAUUGUGAUGCGAAAGCAAUUUUUGCUGUUCUCACGAGUGUUCUGACGAAAGAUGACUGGUGGAACCUCCUCCUGAAGGCUAUAUAUUCCUUGUGUGACCUCUCCCGGUACAAGGAGGCAGAGCUACUAGUGGAUUCUUCACUGGAAUAUUACUCGUUUUAUGACGAUAGACAAAAGCGCAAGGAGCUGGAAUACUUUGGGCUCUCUGCUGCAAUCCUGGACAAGAACUUCAGAAAAGCGUACAACUAUAUCAGAAUCAUGGUAAUGGAAAAUGUCAAUAAACCUCAGCUGUGGAACAUCUUCAAUCAAGUUACGAUGCAGUCUCAGGAUGUCCGUCACCAUCGCUUUUGCCUGCGCUUGAUGCUGAAAAACCCUGAUAAUCACGCACUGUGUGUCCUAAAUGGGCACAAUGCGUUUGUGUCAGGCAGUUUCAAGCACGCUCUUGGACAGUAUGUGCAAGCCUUUCGUGCAAACCCAGAUGAACCUCUGUACAGUCUUUGUAUUGGCUUGACUUUCAUCCACAUGGCUUCUCAGAAGUACGUGCUGAAGAGGCAUGCUCUUCUAGUACAGGGAUUCUCCUUCCUUCACCGGUACCUGGACCUGCGUGGGCCAUGUCAAGAGUCCUUCUACAACCUUGGCCGUGGCCUGCACCAGCUGGGGCUGCUGCACCUGGCCAUCCACUAUUACCAAAAAGUACUGGAACUUCCCCCUCUCACCUUAGAGGGAAUAGAAACUGAUCAGACAGACUUAAGAAGAGAUACUGCCUUUAACCUGUCGCUGAUUUAUCAGAGCAGUGGAAAUAUUAGAAUGGCUCAGAAGAUGUUGUACACCUACGCCGUUGUGUGAUGAGGUCUGUGGGAAGUGCAACUGAUGCUGGGUUUUAACCGUUGCGUCACGCGGCGCUGGGGAAACAGCUUUUAUCUACAGCAGUUGCUGUGGGUGGUCAGAGACAUGGCUGGUACCACACACAGCCUUAUGGACUUCUUCUGACAUUGGAACCAUAGCACGUGGAGGUGGAGACCGUUCCAACGCUGACGUGCUCAAGUGUGUCCGUUACUGGCUCUUCUCCUUCCAUGCACUGCUCCGUACUCCCAUCUUCAGGCUUGUAUAUAGAACCAAACAGUGACAGCUCAGCCCAGUGGGGUUUGUUGGGAGGUUUUUUAGGGAAAUGUGCACAAUUACAACUAGUUAUCAGUGAGGUUGCUCAAGAAGCCAUAUUCACUGGUGAUGAGGCUUUUUUAAUGUGCAACAUUAAUAUAAUAUAAAAGAAAUGGGUUCAUACUAAUCCCUAGAGGAUGGAGAACUCAGUAUUUCAAUUUCUUUAAAGUACUCAGAAUUUUCUGGGAGUUUAUAUUCCUAGCAGGUGAUCUAUUUGAAGGAGAUUGAUUUCUGUUUUACUGAAAUCAGUGUGACCUUUGUUCUUCUGAACUUGUUAAUAAAAUAAUAAUAAAAAUUCUGA